CCGACCUGGAGUGCCGCCGCCGCCGCCACCGGACCCCCGCCGGCCUCCGACCAUGCGCCGCGGUCCGCUUUAGCUACUCGAUGGAGCCCGGCAACUUCUACGAGGCGGACGCGCGGCCCCCGAUGCCCAGCGUCUUCCACUCGCACCCGCAGCAGCAGCAGCGCCCGCCGGUCCCCGCCGCCGCCGCGCACCUGCCCUCCGCCGCCGCCGCGCUCGGCUUCGUCCCGCCGGCCGGUCCUUUCGGCUACCUGGCGGCGUCGGAGCUGCCGGAGAUCUGCGAGCACGAGAACUCCAUCGACCUGAGCGCCUACAUCGACCCGGGCGCCUUCAACGACGAGUUCCUGGCCGACCUCUUCCAGCACAGCAAGCAGCAGCAGCAGGAGCGCGCCGCCAAGGCCGGGCUGGAGGGCGGCGGGGCCGGCAUGCCGGGCGCCGGAUUCCCGCCGGGCGGGGUCCCGCUCUACUGCUACGCCGACAAGCUGGAGGGAGGCGGCGGCGGCGGCGGCUACGAGCGCCUGGGCCAGGGUCCCCCGCCGCCGCCGCUGCCCGGCCUGCGCCCGCUGCUCAUCAAGCAGGAGCCGCACGAAGACGACGAGGCGGCCGCGCUCUCGGCGCUCUACCCGCCGCCGCCCGCCGGGCCGCCCUGCAGCCACCUCCAGUACCAGGCGGCCCACUGCGCCCAGACCACGGUGCACCUGCAGCAGCCCGGCGGGCAGCCCACCCCGCCGCCUACGCCCGCGCCCAGCCCGCACGGCCCCCACCACCCGCCCCACCGCCUCCAGGCCGCCGGGCCCAACGCCAGCGCCGCCCCGUCGGCGGGCAAGUCCAAGAAGGCGCUGGACAAGGGCAGCAGCGAGUACCGGGUGCGGCGGGAGCGCAACAACAUCGCGGUGCGCAAGAGCCGCGACAAAGCCAAGCAGCGCAACGCCGAGACGCAGCAGAAGGUGCUGGAGCUGAGCAACGACAACGAGCGGCUCCGCAAGCGCGUCGAGCAGCUGGGCCGCGAGCUGGAGACCCUCCGCGGCAUCUUCCGACAGCUGCCCGAGAGCUCGCUGGUCAAGGCCAUGGGCAGCUGCUCCUGAGCGGACGGGCGAGGGGCGCCUGGGCCGCUGCCGCGGGGCGGAGGAGCCGGGCUGAGCGCGGAGCCCGCGCGGGC